GCGUAGCUGUUGUCCAAUGAGAGAGCGGAGAUGCGUUUGGCGGGUCGGUCGGUGGCGGGAGUUCGGUACCGCUCCGCCGGUCCGCGGGCUCUUGGCCAUGCUGUGCCGCGCUCUGCUCCGCCGCGCCGCCGGGCACCGUGAGUACCGUCAGUCUUCACCGCUUCCCCUGCAGCAUCUCUUGGACGGCUAUAAGUGCAGCCGAGAAGAUGAUCACCUCUCCUACGGAGAAAUCGGAAUGCCCGUCCCUCCCUUCGGCUGCAGCUUUUCUGCAGCCCCAAAUUUUGAGCAUGUAUUGGCAGUUGCAAAUGAAGAAGGAUUUGUCAGACUGUAUGAUACUGAAGCUCAAAAUACCACCAAACUGAUCUCUAAGGAAUGGCAGGCUCAUUCAAAUGCUGUGUUUGACCUUGCCUGGGUACCUGGAGAGCACAGGAUUGUCACUGCUUCAGGAGAUCAGACAGCCAAGGUGUGGGAUGUGAGAGCUGGGGAGCUGCUUGGCAUAUGCAAAGGUCACCAGUGUAGCCUCAAGUCAGUUGCUUUUUCUAGGUUUGAAAAAGCUGUUUUCUGUACCGGAGGCAGAGAUGGAAACAUCAUGGUUUGGGACACCAGAUGCAACAAGAAAGAUGGAUUUUACAGGCAGGUGAAUCAAAUCAGCGGAGCACACAACGUGGUUGACAAGCAGACUCCUUCCAAGCUGAGGAAGAAGAGGCAGAACCUGAGAGGACUUGCUCCCUUGGUGGAUUUCCAGCAGAGUGUAACUGUGGUGCUGCUUCAAGACGAGCAUACUCUUAUUUCUGCAGGAGCUGUUGAUGGUGUGAUCAAAGUGUGGGACUUGCGCAAGAACUAUACAGCUUACCGGCAGGAUCCUGUGCCUUUCAAGUCUUUUUUCUAUCCUGGCACCAGCACUCGCAAACUUGGGUAUUCUAGUCUUGUGUUGGAUUCCACUGGUGCUAAUCUGUUUGCUAACUGCACUGAUGACAGUAUCUAUAUGUUCAACAUGACAAGUUUAAAGUCCUUUCCAGUGGCAGUUUUCAGCGGACACCAGAAUUCUACCUUUUACAUCAAAUCCAGUAUUAGCCCAGAUGACCAGUUCCUGGUUAGUGGCUCAAGUGACUGCAACGCGUACAUCUGGAAGGUUUCUGAACCCAGCCUGCCUCCACGGAUCCUUGUUGGCCACUCUCAAGAGGUUACCUCCAUUGCUUGGUGUCCUUCAGACUUCACUAAGAUUGCCACAUGCUCUGAUGACAACACCGUAAGGAUCUGGCGCCUACAACAUUGUCCUGAGGAGGAAAAGUCAGUGUCCAACAGAGCCAGGUUGGUGGGCUGGGUCACACAGAAGAAAUCAGAAGAACAAGAUGGAGCAGGACAUUCAGCCAGCCCACAGGAUACUCCUGCCAAGGCUUUCUCAGUGGGCAACCCAUGUGCUUCCUCACCACGUCCAGCUGCCUGUGCUCCCAGUUAUUCUGGAGACCUUCCUCUUUCUACAAACACUCCAACAGUCUCUUUCAAAACUCAAAUGGCCACAGUCUGUACACCAGCAAAGCUGAGUGGAGCCAGCCCACGUGCUUCUCCCAAACUGGUGCCUUCCUCCAAAAUGUCCAUUAAACACUGGAUUGCCAGGACUCCAUGCUCUUCCCCAGAAGUUGGAAAAAAGACACCUUCCCCUAGAAAAGCCCUGGCAGAAGUCACACAAAGUCUCUUGGAAACACCUAGCACUCCUAAAGCACAAUACUCACAGGCUGAAAAGCGUGCCAAGAGAAGGCUGGACUGCAGCAAGGAAGAUGAAGCGGGGCAGAAGUGUCUGCAGGCCUGUAGCUGUGUGACUGAACUGGACCAUGUGGCUAAGAAGUCCAAGCUAAAUUUAUGUCACUUGGCUGCAGGCCAAAGAGCUUGUGAUGAGGGCUCUCUAAAUCUGGCUGACUUGGAUAAUGAAGAAUCAAGCCACAGCUCAAAAGAGCUUUCUUUUUCUGGAAGCCUUGUUAAUCCGUCCAGCACUCAAACUCCCCCUCUUGUUUUGCAGUCUCCCUGCGAGAGAGACUCAGAUGUAGUAGAUAAAGAAAAUAGUUCACCAGAAAGAAAAAACUGGCUGUCUGCUCUGGGAGAGAAGCUGCGGACUGGCAAAGCUGGCAGCCCCCCAUCAUCUUACAACUCCAGCGCAAAACGUCAAGAGGCUGCAGUAGUGACCACCUCACCGAAAACUGCUGUAACCACUUCAGUUUCCAUGAGGAAGAUCUGCACAUACUUCCACAGAAAGCCACAGAAUUGACUGAAGUAGUGUGUGGUUGUUGCACCUGAUGAUGUUGGAUGUUGACACUGUGGCAUUGAGACCAGAUUUAGCACCACUGACAGAACAAUACGCCAGCAUUACACAGUUUGUUGUUGGACAUUGGUAAACUUCUGUUUUAAAGCCUAUUAACACUUGAAAUCAUCAGAGCACGGAAGAUAUGUAUGAUACGUAGAGAUUCCUGCUCUUGUAUUCAUGUCAGGUAACGGAUCAUUUUGAUAGAGAAAACAGAAUUUUUUACAUGACAACUGUUAUAAAGAGAGCAACUGCAUAUGCUGACAGGCACAUGAAACUUAUCCUUUGAUGUUACUAGUCUGCCAUUGAAACUUUCUUUGUUUAAGAAUACUGUGUGAGACAUUGUGCCCUCCAGAAAAGUAUAUGUUGCAUGUCCAGAAGCCCAUUGUGGAGGAAGAGCUGAACUACUUCGUGCUGAAUGGCAUUUCCAGUUAGUCCUCCUACAGCACCAUCUACUCAAUUCCAGCAAGGAGGUUUUGAAUGUAUAAAUACAAAAGAAUUUUAAAUGCCCUUGUGUCCAUCUCCAUUCAAUGGCACAACUGGUGAUUAUAGUCUGAAAGAAGAGAGGGUAUAAUCGAGUACUUAAUGCCUUUACUUUUCUUGCCAUUGCUUUCUUCCUCAAAGGCUGAAAACUUCAGUAAUUACCAACAUAGUUGGCAUUUGGACCAUUAGCACUAGAGCUGUAGAGGCCAACAGCUUGUCACUUCUCCGAAAUAAAAUAUGGGCAAGGUGUGUUACAAAAAUUAUUGCCAAACAGCAUUCCAUAACAACUGGUUGCUUGGUGACUUCUUACAGAUCUAGCCUGAGGCAAAGACAUUAAUAACUGCUUGUAAAAUACCUUUAUGACACUUUUAUAAUAUGGUAUUUAUUAAAUAAUAGCUUGUAAAUGGGGGGCCACUUCACAUUUUAGAAAGCACUUCACAAAGUUUACAGAUUAAAAUUUUACAUGCUUUGCCAUCUUGAAGUCAUCACUGGUACUGGUGGAACAAGAUCACUAGCUGAAAUAAGUUCACUGGCCUGCUGGCUAAUGAUACUGAUUCCAAGGUCAUUGUUUCCACAGGGGUAGCUUGUAGAAGAUCUGUAUCUUAGAUUUGAGUAUUUACUCUGUCUUUUGGUAUGAUGGUUUCUAUAAACUUUAAAAAUAAAUAAAUAAAAAACUACAAUCCCAAUUAAGUCUUUUUGCUGCAAAAGUGCUGAGGUAUUUAAAGGGGAUGUGUUCCAACUAACCCAUGUUUUCUGACUGAAGUUUUCCCACCUACUUUACAGCAUUGAAAAGUGCAGUAGCUGAAAGGAUUAAGAUCCUGGUUUAUUUGCUGUGUAUUGUAUUUUGCAAGGAAAUAAAUGACAUGAAAGAAACUGGCUUUUGUAAAAGUUCUCUCACAGCUACAAAGCAAAAGUAAAUGGGUAAAAAAAAAAAAACAAACACUAGUCAUCAUCAAGCUGCAGCUUUUAGUAGGAGCACUUACUAUGUAUAAGGACCAGGAAAACUUCCUCUUGUUUACUAAAUUACAAGCCAUUACUGUAUGAGCUUUGAGGAGAUGUUAUUAAGUUAGAAGAAAGCAGGAAAGAGAGUGUAGUUCU